CGCGGUCGCGUGCGUGCGCUCGGCCGGGCUCACGCCCACUCCCCGGAGCGCGCGCUCCGGCGAACUCUCGCGAGAGUGGCAUUUGCGGGUCGAGACCUGCUGCGGUUCUCACUUUCUGUCAUGGCGCUGAAGGUGGCGACGGCUGCAGGUGGCGCGGCGAAGGCAGUGCUCAGGCCAGCCCUCCUCUGCCGUCCCUGGGAGGUUCUAGGUGCCCACGAGGCCCCCCGGAGGAGCUUCUCUCAACAGACAAUUCCUCCGUCGGCCAAGUAUGGGGGGCGGCACACGGUGACCAUGAUCCCAGGGGAUGGCAUCGGGCCGGAGCUCAUGCUGCAUGUCAAGUCUGUGUUCAGGCAUGCGUGUGUGCCUGUGGACUUCGAAGAGGUGCAUGUGAGCUCCAACGCCGACGAGGAGGACAUCCGCAAUGCCAUCAUGGCCAUCCGUCGGAACCGUGUGGCUCUAAAGGGCAAUAUUGAAACAAACCACAACCUGCCGCCGUCGCACAAGUCCCGGAACAACAUCCUCCGCACCAGCCUGGACCUCUAUGCCAACGUCAUCCACUGCAAGAGCCUGCCCGGCGUCGUCACGCGGCACAGGGACGUCGACAUCCUCAUCGUCCGGGAGAACACGGAGGGCGAGUACAGCAGCCUGGAGCACGAGAGCGUGGCGGGAGUGGUGGAGAGCCUCAAGAUCAUCACCAAGGCCAAGUCCCUGCGCAUCGCCGAGUACGCCUUCAAACUGGCCCAGGAGGCGGGGCGCAAGAAAGUGACGGCUGUGCACAAGGCCAACAUCAUGAAACUGGGCGAUGGGCUCUUCCUCCAGUGCUGCAGGGAGGUGGCGGCCGGUUACCCCCACAUCACCUUCGAGAGCAUGAUCGUGGACAACACCACCAUGCAGCUGGUGUCCCGGCCGCAGCAGUUCGACGUCAUGGUGAUGCCCAACCUCUACGGCAACAUCGUCAACAACGUCUGCGCGGGCCUGGUGGGCGGCCCCGGGCUCGUGGCGGGGGCCAACUACGGGCACGUGUACGCCGUCUUCGAGACCGCUACGAGGAACACAGGCAAGAGCAUCGCCAACAAGAACAUUGCCAACCCCACAGCGACGCUGCUCGCAAGCUGCAUGAUGCUCGACCACCUCAAGCUCCACUCCUACGCCACGUCCAUCCGCAAGGCCGUCUUGGCGUCCAUGGACAACGAAAACAUGCACACGCCGGACAUCGGGGGCCAGGGCACGACGUCGGAAGCCAUCCAGGACAUCAUUCGCCACAUCCGCAUCAUCAACGGGCGGGCGGCGGAGGCCUAGGCCACCCCGGGGACUGUGCCGGCCACUCUUUAGAUGCCCUUUGCACCCCCAGCUCCCUAGCCAGCCCGGGGGGGGGGGGCACCCAGAAUAAACCCGCUUCUGCCCA